CAACAAGUACGGUGCUUGUCUGCUAGUUCCUUCUACCAUAAACAAACCCAGAGGGAGCAUUUGAGAUCGUUUUAACCGGUUUUCUUAGAUUCUUGUUUAUUUCUGAUUUUCUUUUCUGUUCCGAAAAAACCAAUUUUCCAAUUUCACCUUCUAUAAUAAAACUCUGAAUUUUACUGCUUUCAACUAUGGAACAGCUGGCAACUCAGAUUCAAGAGAAGGCCAUAGAUUCGCAACAACAAUUGCGAUCGAUUUUAUUGCAAGUAACGGCUAAAGAACGCUCUUGUAGAAUCAAGGAAUUGGCAAAGAAAGAAUUAGAUGUCGUUGGAAAAGAUGCUGCCGUCUACGGCGGUGUUGGAAAAAUGUUUAUUCGUACGGAUCUGGAUUCGGUUCGUAAAACCAUAGAUGCAGAAAUUAGCAGUUUACAACAAGAACUUGACGCUUUACGAAAGAAGAAAGACUAUCACGAAACUACUGCAGUGAAUGCCAAUUCUCAUUUACAAAAAAUAAAAGAAUCUGUCCGUUAAUAUUUUCUAUGUUGUUCCUUGUGUUUGUGCUUUGCGAUUUCUCUUCGACUUAAUAAAUUACUUUCGCGUCGCGUCGUGUCGCGUCAUGCCGAAACAAACUUUGUGACUGUUUCUUUCAUCAAUACAAAAACGUUCAAAUUAGUUCUACUAGCUCUAAGAAUUUUUGGAACAGAAGUAAAUAGAUUGGUUAAUAUUUUGUAACUGAAUGUACUUACACAUUGCAAUGAAAUGAGUUUGAAAGAAAAUAUCAUAUUGAAAGCGCUGAUAAGCCGUGAAAGACAUUUUAAUGCUGAAUUUUGCAAUCUUGUGUAAAUUUACUACUCCGUUUAGACAAAUAAAACAUCCUACUGAAAGCCAGAUUGAUAUCGACAAGCAUCCUGUAUUCAUUAUACAAACAUGUACAUACAAAUAAAAAUAAAAUCACAAAUAUAAAGUAAAAAGAUAAAACCACCGCAUUGUAUAUAACGAUUUCC